AAUAGAACGCCGAAGUGACCCCUCGUUUCCGACGCCGUCGGCCUCCGCCGCUACGAGCGGGCGAUCCGAAAUCCUCGCGUGAAGAACUCUCUCGCAUUUCUCGAACGCUUCGACCCGUCCCUCACCGAUGGAAGCUCCCGUCAGGAAAUUGGCCUCUUCCGCCCUCCACCGCCGCCUCCUCCUCCACCACCACCACCACCACCCGUCUCGGCAAACCGUCCGCCCCCCUCCGUUCCCAUUCCUCCUCCGCCGCCGCGCCGCGGUUGCCGCGCGAAGCCGCUCCUUCGCCGCCGCUUGCGCCCACUCUCGGGCCCCCGCGCCGGGCUCGAGCUCCCUCAACCUCCCUUCGUCUCUCUCCUCACUUCACCGCUCGUCCAAUCCCGUGCCUCCGGGCGCGGGCGGCGGCCCUCCGUUCGCGGACGCGCGCGACGGUUCCUCCCUCGCCUCCUGGAGCCGAGCUCCGGCGACCUCAGCCGGCGCGAGGGGCGGGGUCCGCGGCGACGGGGACCCCGCCGUGACCGUGGUCCUGCUGGGCUGGCUCGGAGCGAAGCGGAAGCACCUGAGGAGGUACGCGGAGUGGUACAACUCCAAGGGGUUCCACGCGGUCACGUUCCUCGUCGGCGUCAGGGAGAUGCUUUCGCUCGAUUUGGGUCGCGGCGUCGAGGACCGGAUCGACGAGCUGGCGAAUGAACUGAUCGCUUGGGUUUCGGAGGGGGAGGAGGGCGGCAGAGAGCGUUGCUUGCUCUUCCACAGCUUCAGCAACACCGGGUGGCUUGUGUAUGGUGGGAUACUGGAGAGGCUGCAUUGUAGGCAGGAUUUGAUUGAGAAAAUCAAAGGCUGCGUUGUCGAUUCCGGAGGAGCCGAGCCGUUUAAUCCAAAGGUUUGGGCCGCCGGAUUCUCCGCUGCUCUGAUAACAAAAAGUAGCUCGUCAGUCGAGGGAAAAGAUACACAUGCAUCAACUAGUGAAGGAUCAAGCAAACAAGAAGAUGAGGGGAUGGUUGAAACAGCGGUCCUUGCAGCUUUGGAAUGGCUCUUCUCUGCUGUUCUGAAGUUUCCUGAUGUGGAGAGGAGGCUUACAAAAACUGUCACUAUCCUCUCCGAGGCGCAGCCAUCUUGUCCGCAACUCUACCUCUAUAGUUCAGCCGAUAAAGUAAUGCCAUAUGAAUCCGUGGAGUCGUUUAUGGAAACUCAGAGGAGGAUGGGAAGAAAAGUGUUAUCUUUCAACUUUGGAUCAUCUCCUCACGUGGACCACUAUAGGACAUUUCCUGAUCUAUACAUGUCGCAGCUCGAGAAUUUUAUAAAAGAAUGUUUUGAUACAGUAAAUGAAUCCUGCAAACGAGGAUGAGACCUAUGACAUUGAUCGAUCUCUCACUCUUCAUGCUGGUAAACUGACCAAGUCAUCUCUGGUGCUUGUUCCAUUGCUGGUUAGUCAAUGUUCUGCACUAUAGGAAA